CAAUAACUGUUUUCAGAAUGCUAUCCAUAGCAAGUGAUUUCGUUUCUGAUUUGUGCAACAGAGAGAGAGAGGUAGAAGGAAGGUGCGAAAAGUUGAAAAAGUUGCAUAAGAAAGGAGAUUCUGGGAAAAGGAAAAGUUGAAGUUGGGGUUGCUGCAACAAUGGCACAUGCUAACACUUCUUUUGCUUUAUCUGAUGCGGAAUUUGAGAGGGUGAAACACAUAAUCGACAUUCGAGACUUAGAAGACUUCAAGUUAUCAGAGUGCAGCAUUUACAAGGUUCCUUGCAAUCUUAGGAAGGUGAAUGAGGAAGCCUAUACUCCUCAAUUGAUCUCAAUAGGUCCCAUUCACCUUGGCAAAGAGGAAUUGAAGCCAAUGCAAGAGCACAAAAAAAGAUAUUUCCAUUUCUUCUGGGAGCGUGUAUCUAAUGAACUAGCCAUGAUGUAUCCAAUGGACAAGUAUAAAGAUUAUCUUAAAACCCAAGAACAAGAAAUAAAGCAAUGUUACGCACAAAAAUUCCCUAAAAUCAGCGACGAGAAAUUCUUGGACAUGAUGUUGUUGGAUGCUGUGUUCAUCAUGGAACUUUUUCUAAGGCACAGUUCAUGGAAAUCCGAUACAAUCAAACCUGGGCAUGAUAAUGUGGAAAGGAAAUCAUCUCGAUUCAAUCACAGUGGUGAUUACAUUUUGUCACAGUCAUGGCUCAGCAAGGACAUUGCAAGGGACUUGAUACUUAUAGAAAAUCAAAUUCCAAUCUUUGUGCUAAAGGAACUGUAUGAUACAGUUGUCUCUGAUGUUGCCAUAAAGAAAGAACAUCCUUGCUUUGUUGAUCUUGCACUUCAAUACUUUGCACUUUAUGACACUCAGAGAUCCUCUUCUGGAUCUGAUGAAACCAAGCUUGUUUUGGAGAAGAACCUGUCCAAGAAACACUUCUUCAGUGGUUCAAUUUUCGGUUUCAAGAAACCUUUGAAUAAAUCAAUGACCAAAGAUAGGUGCAAAAAUCCAGAGCAUUUCACAGAUUUGAUAAGAUAUUUUUGCCUUCCUGCUAAUAUGAGAAAUAGUGGUCGCCCCGAUAAUGUGCUAAGAACAGCAACAAAGUUACAAGAAUCAGGGGUAAGCUUUGAGAAAGAUAAGAAAAGAAGGUUACUUGAGAUAUCAUUUGAUAAGAAGCCAUUUCUGAGUUCAUUUCUUUGCUUGGGUUGUUUACAACAUUUGAACCAUUUCAAAGCACGUUUUGUAAUUCCUCAAUUGGAGGUUGGUCAAACAACAGAAUGUGUUGUGAGGAACCUCAUUGCUUUUGAGCAGUGUCACUAUCCAGAACAACCUUAUAUUUGCAACUAUGUUUCACUUAUUGAUUCUCUCAUACACACUCAGGUUGAUGUUGAAUUGCUGGUUGAAAAGGAAGUUAUUGUGCAUGAAUUGGGAAGUGAUGAGGAAGUGGCGACUCUUGUUAAUGGUCUUUGCAAACAUGUUGUGACAAAUUCAACAUGUUACUAUGAGACUAUUAAUGAGCUUAAUAAGCAUUACCAGAAUGUUUGGAAUCGUACCAUGGCUGCAUUGUGGUUGGUGUAUUUCAGAGACACUUGGAGGGCAAGUUCCACUGUGGUUGGGAUUGCUGUGCUCAUUUUCGCUGUGUUCAAUUUUCUACGUGUUGUUCGUUAUUUGUUCUAGCUUGCAAUAUAUAUUAUAUGGCAAAAUGAUUUCUGCAGCUGCUGCACUUACAGCUAGCCAGGAUCCGCGUGCUGAUCCUAGGAUACGGCACUGGAUUCUUGUUUUUUUUUUUUUUUAAAUGCUGUGGGACUCACUUUUCUGUGUCAGCUGUAGAGAGUGUUAUCUACGGCGACUGCAGAAAUAAUAACCCCUAUAUAUAUAUAUAUAGAUGUCGGUUGUUUCAUGCAUGUAUGAAUGAAUGAAUAAACAGUGUGUCAUCGAAUGUAAUCUCACUAGUACAAAUGCAUUUAAUCCUGGGUUGUAAUCAUGCUAUUAGUAGCUCCUGAACUUGAAAUAUGUGUCAUAUAUAUAUCGUACAAAGAUGCCAAAAAGUUUUUUAACUUUUUAUUCAUGUUAAAACGUUAAUUGGUACGUAGCAUAUACCCUCAUUGUCUUUGAGCAGUGUCACUAUUCGGACCAACCUUUUAUAUGCAAUUAUGUUUCUCUAAUUGAUUAUUUGAU